AUGGAAAACAGGUCGUGCUGCCUCAUCCAGGAGGACCCCAUCUCCCAGGUGAUGCCGCCGUUGCUGAUCCUGGCCUUCGUGCUGGGCGCCCUGGGCAACGGCAUCGCCCUGUGUGGUUUCUGCUUUCACAUGAAGACCUGGAAGCCGAGUACUAUUUUCCUUUUCAACUUGGCUGUGGCUGACUUCCUUCUCAUGAUCUGCUUGCCCUUUCGGACAGACUACUACCGCAGACACAGGCAAUGGGCCUUUGAGGACAUACCUUGUCGGGUGGCACUCUUCAUGCUGGCCACCAACAGGGCUGGGAGCAUCGUCUUCCUCACGGUCGUGGCUGUGGACAGGUAUUUUAAAGUGGUCCACCCCCACCAUAUGGUGAAUGCCAUCUCCAACCGGACUGCAGUUGGCAUCGCCUGUGCCCUUUGGACCAUGGUCAUCCUGGGGACUCUGUAUCUUUUGAUGGAGAACCAUCUGUGUGUGCAAGAGAAGACCAUAACUUGUGAAAGCUUCAUCAUGGAGUCGGCCAACGGCUGGCACGACGUCAUGUUCCAGCUGGAAUUCUUCCUGCCCCUCAGCAUCAUCUUGUUCUGCUCCUUCAAGAUCAUUUGGAGCCUGAAGCAGAGGCAGCGCCUGGCCAGGCAGACUCGGAUGAAGAAGGCUACCCGGUUCAUCAUGGUGGUGGCGGCUGUCUUCAUCACCUGCUACCUGCCCAGCGUGUCGGCCAGACUAUAUUUCCUCUGGACAGUGCCUACCAGUGCCUGCGAUCCCUCUGUCCACGUAGCCCUCCACGUCACCCUCAGCUUCACCUACGUGAACAGCAUGCUGGACCCUCUGGUAUAUUAUUUUUCAAGUCCCUCGUUCCCCAAAUUCUACUCCAAGCUCAAAAUCCACAGUUUGAGACCUAAGCGUCCAGGACACUCCAAGAGGCCAGAAGAGAUGUCCAUUUCAAACCUUUGUCGCAAGAGUUGCAUCAGUGAGGCAAAUAGCUUCCAAAGCCAAUCCGCUGUGCAGUGA